AUGGAUUACGGCCUGAAAUCGGCUUCCGAGCCAAUGCAUGUCGACCGCAAGUUGCUCUACACAAGCUUGGAAGAGCGAAUCAAGUACUUGCACCACUUCCUCGACUUCAACUCCAGCGACGUCGAAGCCCUAAUGACCGGCUCAAAAUAUAUUAAGCAACUGAUCCCCGCUGUAGUCAACCUGGUCUACAAAAAGCUCCUCGAAUACGACAUCACAUCGCGGGCUUUCCACACCCGCACAACCGUCAUCGAAACAGAGCCCGAAGAAGACUACCUCCAUGAAGAAGCACCCCAGAUCAAGCGACGCAAGAUGUUCCUCCGCUGGUACCUGACACGGCUGUGCCAAGAUCCCACCACAAUGGAAUUCUGGCGCUACCUAAACAAAGUCGGCAUGAUGCACAGCGGGCAGGUGCGCAGAUCCCCCCUGAACAUCGAGUACAUCCACCUCGGCGUGUGUAUGGCGUAUAUCCAGGAUAUCUGGAUCGAGGCGAUGAUGUCGCACCCACAUCUGUCGCUGCGUCGCAAGAUUGCGCUCGUCCGCGCCGUUAACAAAAUCCUGUGGAUCCAAAAUGAUUUGUUUGCGCGGUACCAUGUGCACGACGGCGAUGAAUUCGCGGAUGAAAUGUCUGAGUUGAGUUUCGAUGAUCGGGAGGGGUAUUUGGGUGAUAAGAAGAUCCUUGGCAGUAGCUCUAGCAGCUCGGUUGAUGAUGACCGGUCGAGUAUUUCUAGUGGGGUGGCGCCCUCCACGCAUAGUGCGGCGCCGUCGUCGAAUCCCGCUGCGUCGAAGACAUCUGUUUGUCCUUUUGCGGAGUUGGGAGAGCGAAGUUCUACGGAGACGAAGAUUUGGGCGAAUUGA